GCGUAGUGAGCGAACGUGAGUGUUUACCGUCCUGCCAUCCGCGUUUUCACAAACAGUCGUGUGUCCACCAUUGGAAACGUCGUCCUCCGAGCACGACGAUUAGGUUACUUCCCCUGCGGGGACAAUCGACCUGAGGAGUGCGCCAUGAUCGAGUCGGGACGACGAACCCGGCGACGUCGUUAAGGUGGUUACUUAUGCAGUGUGUAUCCCGAGUGUGCUUUGGUGAGUCGCGCGCGCCGAGGCAAGGAAUCCCGACGGUUGAUGUCUUUAUCGUCGUCGUUGUCGCACGCCCGCCAACGACGACGCUGACGCGAACGACCUAAACGUCGCGACGUGACGCGACCGUGACGUGACGCAACGCGACGCGACGCGACGUAACGGGUGACACGGCGAGUACGUGUAUCCUGCCGCGACACGUGCAUGAACCCCGAAAAAGCAGACGAGGGAUGUCCUGCGCGGCGGCCGAAACUAGGAUUCGGUGAUCCUGCCUGCUCGUGACAGUUCGACGACUCGCUCCGAUCCGGGCGAGACCAAGAUGGCGCCACCGACGUUUUGACACUUGCCGAAGGACGACCCGUCAGCUGGACUUCAUCGCCGCCCGCAGGCGACUCGUCUAUUAUGAGUAGAGAAUUCUACGUACCCUGCGUCACACCUUACGUCUAUCAGCAGUGCGGUAGCAAUAGUAGCGGCGGCGGCGGUUCGACAGAGGGUGUCGUGGUGAACGUCAGUACCAGUAACGGCGUCGGCAGCGGUGGCAGCGGCGUCGGCGUUGGUGGCAUGGACUGCAUGCCUUUGCGCCCCGGUCCGUUUCACUACCUCAUCAGCGAGCAAGCUAAAUCCUUGGUGGCCCUGCAGGAACUGCAGAAUGAAGUCGGUGCUCUGCUCGAGUUCCGGGACCUCGUCAUCGAGACGUUCCCAAACCUCCGGCACAAGAUGGCCGCUACGGCGUCCGCGGGUGCGUCCGUGAUGUCGUCUACCUGUACCCAGAGCUCGCACAUCCCGUUACCGCUGUCGAGCCCGUCCUCGCGAAGGAUCAGCGAAUGGGAGCCUGGCAAGAUAAGGCGGCGAGUGACACGCGAAAGUAGCAGCGGGGGCGGCAGCGGUGGAAGCGGUAGCGGGGGUGGAGGUGAAUCGUCUUCGUCGCUGCCUAGAAGCCGCAGCAACUCCCACAGUGGCGGCACUAAAAACAACUGCAGCGCGACGGUCCAGGACUCUGGUUUCAGCACGGAGACUUCGUCGAAGGACAGCGCCUCGACGGCGAUUGCGCCGCGAGCGAGCAGUCCCCGGCCGAAUACAUUGGACGAGGCGGAGGACGAACUCUGGAACCUGCUAGAUGUCAUCCACCGCAAAGGGAUUCGGCUGCGCGAAGAGGUCGAGUGCCUUCAGGGUCGCUUGGAGAGCGUAGCGACAGAGGAACUGGUGUCGACGGAUGUGCUCGAGGCUGUGAGAAAAAUCACUGGUCUCGGUGAUACUGAUAGAACAAUUGGCUGUAACAGUAAUGUUGAUGAUGGAAGUGUCGAUCUACAGCAACAGGAUAGUAGGGACCCGCAAGUGAUAGCUCUCAGGCGGGAGAAGGAACAGCUAUUAGACAAAGUGGCCGAGCUCGAGGCAGAGACGAUAUCAAGUCGUGCCCGAGCUCAAGAACUGCAAACGGAGUUGGCCGCCCUAUCGGCACUGAAGACUGGUCUGGAGGAUCGGUUGCGGGCUGGACUGAUCGAGAACGCCUCGGAGAUUUUGACACCAGGCGUUCAAAGACUGCAACCUAUCGCGCCGGUAAUUUCCUCGCCGAAGAAUGCCAAUGUUACUAGUAUUAAGAGCAAUAGUUCGGCGUUCGUGUCGGUCACCGGUAGUCCUGGAAGCAAGGCUCACAAGAGCCGCUUUCGCACAAGGACCAUCGAGAAGAAUGUAUUAUUGGAUGUUGUCGGAUGCAAUGACGAGAUGCGUAAUGUCGACAUCGAUGUUGAGGCGAACGUGAAUGAAAGGCGAGCCAGGUUGGGAGCGCUCGAUUCCAUCCUGGUCUCGCCCACUAGGGUGACUCACGUGAAAGACGUCGACUCAAGGAAGAUUGCGGCCAUUCUUCGCGAGCAUUCGCCCCUCGAGCUUCAGCGGCACCUAAUUACUACUACCGUCCAUAAUCAGGUCUUACAAAAAAGGCUAGAUGAAGUCAAGAAAAGUACAGAAACUCUCUCAGAGCGACUGGAUAAAGCGCGCGAGGAGAACGAUGAUUUGCGUUUCCAGUUAGAGGAACGAAAUAUAGAAUUAGAAGGUACGCGGGCGCGAGUACGCGUAUUAGAGCGUCUUCAACAACGACCACCAACGGAAGCCGAACCCGAGGCGGAUUUGGAGCAUCCCAGAUGCGAGCAAAGCGGCCUCGAGCCCGGCAGCAGCACGGAGUCCGCCCGGGAUCAUCAUCAGCCGGUAGAGAUCAAACCGUCGCCGCGGCGGCGUCCUAGUCGUAUACCUUUACUCGGCAACGUGAGCGGCAAGACAACGACGACGCCUACAACGAGCGUGACUGCAACGACGCCUGCGCGACCGCCCAGUCACAGCAGGAACGAUAGCAGGGAAUCACUUAAAUCGCUAACGAGACCACUGCGUGAUUCUAGUCGCGACAGCCAUGGCGGCGGCAAGUCGUUAUCGAAACCGCGCGAAUCCAGUCGAGACUCGCUAGGCAAUAGAAGUCUGUCCAGGAGCGGCGGUAACGGAAGCAACAGCAGUAGCGUCGGCGGCGGCAGCAAGGAAACAAAUCGGGAGUCGUCUUUGAACAAUCGAUCCCUGCCACGUAACAAUUCCAGCCGAGACUCCCUAAAUAAAUCCUCCUCGCUGUCCCGCGCCCGUGACUCGUUGGAGUCUAACAACAACCUCGGCACGUCCUCGCCCAACACAGGAACGGUAAACGUUCCCCCUCGACGACCGCCCGCUCCUGCACGCCGUUCCCACAGCCUGGCGCGCGCAGCGACGUCCGUCGAUGCGUCCGAGAACGGCAAGAACUGCACCGAACCACCGAGUUCCUGGUGCUCGACCAACAGCAGUUUCCGACACAGCGACUCAUCCCUCUAUCCGGACUCCCUGAAUCAAGAGACAUCAUCCAUCACCGGUUCCACGCGGGUAGAAUUCAUAAUCGGUUCGCCCACCAGGCGCUUUCGCCCGAGCUCCGCGUGGCCUCACCGCUAUUUCGACAGCAUCGACUCGGCGGUUACAGUGCCAGAGAGCCUGCUAACCGACGAAUUUCCUCUACGACGCGGCGGCGAGGCCCUGGCCGAGUGCGAUUCGCUCGAAUGUCAUCCGAUUUCGAGCGAAGAUUAAAUGCGCCAAUCGUCGACGUUAAUGCGAAGCUAGUAAAAUGGCGAGUCGCUUAGAGUGAACUACUUGCUCUUGCUUCUUUCCAUUAUUUUACACCAUAUCACUGGCUCUGCUUCUACGCGGCCUUAUUCUCAUCGUGUCAUCGACGCGUGCGCGAAUGUAUAAAUAACAGAAUUCUAGACACGUGAAACAUAUUCGUUUAGAUGAUACGCGCUGGAGAAGCGAUACUCGCGUUCUCAAUGACCCUUAUUCUGUGCCUUUUUAAUAUUGAAUGUUUUUCGUUUUUAUUUGUUUAAGAAUCAUGUCUCUUAUGGAGAUUCUAAACGGACAGAAAUCCAACAAUUCUAAACUGAAAUAUAACGAUACCAUUUCCAUGCAGGACUUAUAUGUACUUCCCUCGAGUUGCAUUUAAAGAAUAUUUCAUAUAUCUUUAUAACAUGACGGAGAUUUUUUAGCAGUCAAUUUUGCUAUCUGAUCAAAAAUGAAACCGAUAUAUUGACUUGCAAUGCACGAACGUACAUUGAUUUGUCAUGUGUAUAACUGAUGUAGCUGAUAAUAUAGUAAUUGUGCAAAAAACAAGUUAUCACUUUCAUUGACGAUACAAAUGUGAAGAGAGAGAGAAAGAGAGAGAGAGA